GAACCGGCUGCCCCGGAACGCGCGCCCGGGUUGAGAGGACACCCCGGCGCGGCCGCCUCCCCUUCUGCAGCCGAGAGGCGGAUGUACUUUUGAAGAAUUAUUGAAGAUGAAGUUUUUUUUAUUUUUGGUUUUUUGUUUUUAAUGGCUUUACAGAAUUUUAAAUCAAAUACAAUUUGACAUGACGGCAAAAAAUGUUGGUUUGACAUCUACAAAUGCAGAACUAAGAGGAUUUACAGAUCAGAAUCUCAGUCCAACAAAAGGUAACAUUUCAUUUGUUGCAUUUCCAGUUUCCAGCACCAACUCACCGACAAAGAUUUUACCAAAAACCUUAGGACCAAUAAAUGUGAAUGUUGGACCCCAAAUGAUUAUAAGCACACCACAGAGACUAAGCAGUUCAGGAAGUGUUCUGAUCGGGAGUCCAUACACCCCUGCACCAGCAAUGGUUACUCAGACACACAUCGCAGAAGCUGCUGGCUGGGUCCCAGGUGAUAGAAAACGGGCUAGAGAAUUUAUAGACUCUGAUUUUUCAGAAAGGUCUCUCACCCACAUCUUUGUCAACCAGCCCAGGACCAAAAGUAAACGAAGCAAAAAAGGAGAUAAAAAUGGGAAAGGCUUAAGACAUUUUUCAAUGAAAGUGUGUGAGAAAGUUCAGCGGAAGGGUACAACAUCCUAUAAUGAAGUAGCUGAUGAGCUGGUUUCAGAAUUCACCAACUCAAAUAAUCAUCUGGCAGCUGAUUCGCAGGCUUAUGACCAGAAGAAUAUUAGGCGAAGAGUUUAUGACGCUUUAAAUGUGCUAAUGGCAAUGAACAUAAUUUCAAAGGAGAAAAAAGAAAUCAAGUGGAUUGGCCUGCCUACCAAUUCUGCUCAGGAAUGUCAAAACCUGGAGAUAGAGAAGCAGAGGCGGAUAGAACGGAUAAAACAGAAGCGGGCCCAGCUGCAAGAACUUCUCCUGCAGCAAAUCGCCUUCAAGAACUUGGUACAGAGAAAUCGGCAAAAUGAACAGCAAAACCAGGGCCCUCCAGCUUUGAAUUCCACCAUUCAGCUGCCAUUUAUAAUCAUCAAUACAAGCAGAAAAACAGUCAUAGAUUGCAGCAUCUCCAGUGACAAGUUUGAGUAUCUUUUUAAUUUUGACAACACCUUUGAGAUCCAUGAUGACAUAGAAGUUCUGAAGAGAAUGGGAAUGUCCUUUGGCCUGGAGUCUGGCAAAUGCUCUUUAGAGGACCUGAGGCUGGCGAAGUCACUGGUGCCAAAGGCUUUGCAGGGUUAUAUCACAGAUAUCUCCACAGGACCAUCUUGGUUAAAUCAGGGGCUGCUUUUGAACUCCACACAAUCAGUUUCAAAUUUAGACCUGACCUCUGGUGCCACCUUGUCCCAGUCAAGCGUAAACCAAGGGCUGUGCUUGGAUGCUGAAGUGGCCUUAGCAACCGGGCAGUUCCUUGCCCCAAACAGCCACCAGUCCAGCAGUGCGGCCUCUCACUGCUCCGAGUCCCGCGGCGAGACCCCCUGUUCCUUCAACGACGAUGACGAGGAAGAUGACGAGGAGGACUCCUCUUCCCCAGAAUAAAGACAGGGAAACCCCAUGUGUUAAUA